CAAAUGUUCCUUUCCAGGGCCCUAAAUAAUCAACAUGACGCUCCAGUAAAUAAAGUAGAGACAAGCCCCAUAUCAACCUUCGGGUAGGCUGGAAAGGCGAUUUUCUGUUUCUUAACUUUUCAUCCCUUAGCACCAAUCCAACUCUGCGACGGGACCAGGAGUUGCCUAUGGAGCCAUUACCCGAAAAUCAAAUUGCUUUCAAAAGUCGAUCAACAUCACUCAACGGGAAAUUCGCAGAGAAGGCGGAGUCUCUGAUACCCCAGCUUCAUGAGAAAAUUGUCCCCGCUUUAUCUGUGGUUCGCUUCGAGCAAGAUGAAGAGUUGUAUUUUAAGCUGCGACUGGUGCAAAGCUAUGGCAUUGCUGAGCUCAAUACAGUGAAAUGGCGCGGCGGUGAAGAUUUCAUCCUUGACUUUGGGCAUCAUGUUGUCGGAUAUUUGUCUUUUUUCUUAGAUGCUGAAGGUGUUAACGUUGAUGCACCUACGCGUUUGAGACUAGUUUUUGGCGAAAACCCUCUCGAUGUCACCGAAGACUUGCAGCCAUGCCGCAGCUGGAUAAGUUCGAGCUGGAUUCCCGAAGAGACGAUUACAGUUGAUUGGCUGCCUACACAUGUCAACUUGCCCCGACGAUAUUCGUUUCGCUACCUUCGAAUCACUGUUGUUGACACUUCACCUAAGUAUAGAGUCAAAUUCUCGAAUGUCAAGGUUAGAGCGGUAUCCUCCGCCAAUCCUGACGCACAUCUGCUGCCUUUCAAGCAUGAAGACAAGCUUUUAGAAGCCAUUGACCGUGUGAGCAUUGCUACAAUGACUGACUGCAUGCAAACGGUGUUUGAAGAUGGCCCUCGCCGCGAUCGAAGGCUAUGGAUUGGCGAUCUUCGUCUGCAAGCAUUAACAAACUAUUCAACCUUCGGAGAUUUCAAACUGGUACGCCGAUGUUUAUAUCUUUUCGCUGCUGUCGCAAGUGAGGAUGGAUCCCUUCCUGCGUCGCUAUUUGAGAAGCCUAAAUUGGCACCAGCAUCAGACUACAUUGUCGACUAUGAUCUUUUAUACGGCAGUAUAGUCCACGAUUAUGUGAAAGAAUCAGGAGACAUAAAGACAGGACAUGAGCUGUGGGAGACGGUCCUCGGAAGUGUUAAGAUUGGUCUCGCACAUGUCAAUGAGGAAUAUGUAUUCUCUUGUCAAAAGCUCCCAUUUUGGAAAUUCCUUGACUGGGAGGAGAAACUCGAUCGUGAUGCCGGCAUGCACGGUCUGCUCAUAUACUCACUGAAAGCAAUCAAUGCUUUAGCUCAUAUAUUGGCGAAAGAUCCUCCGUUCUUGCAUGAAGUCAAAUUUUUGGUUGACGCUGCUCAAAAGUUCUACGACAGGGAACGCGGAGUUUUCGUUAGCGGCCAAUAUGGUCAGGUUUCUUGGGCAUCUCAAGCUUGGAUGGGGAUCUCUGAAGUGAUGGAUCCCGACAUCUGUAAAAGAGCGCUCCUAACAGCUAUGCAUGACCCACAUGCACUGCGCCCAUUGACUCCAUACCUUUAUCACUAUGUCGCUGAAGCGCUCUUUACUGUCGGUGCGAAGGAGGAAUGUCUCAAGCUCAUUCGAGACUAUUGGGGCGCGAUGGUAGCUGCGGGCGCUGACACCUUUUGGGAGUGCUUUGACCCAAACGACUGCCGCGCGAGCCCGUAUGGAGACUGCCACAACAACAGCUAUUGCCAUGCUUGGAGCUGUACUCCAGCUUAUCUACUUCGCAAGUUGUUUCCAUAG